GGCCUGUUGUUCAUGAAAAGGCCAGAACAAGAACAACUGUAAAUCCCCAGAGUUUUUGCUUAUUGAAUUAAGGUUAUAUAGAAAAGAAGAAAAGGUCUCGCUAAUUAGAGAAGCCGCCAACCAAAAAAGACAAUGCAAACACCGAACUAUCACCCAUCUUGCACAAAUCUGAAAGUCUGGUGUAGUUUCAGAUCCCAGAAACUCCCAAAACCCGAACCAUGAAAACUCGAUAACAAACCAAUUGCCUUGCCUCAUUUUUCAUUUCCAAGCCCAUUCCAAAAAACCCCCCCAAAAAAAAAUCUGCUUGCUUUUAUCGUUCAUGGGAAAGGCAAUUCCUUCAGCGACCAGAUUCCAAGAGUUCACCAGAGUUGUCUCUGCGGACAAGCUCCCAGGCAGGCCCAGACGCACCAAACAAGUCUCGCAAGUCCGAAUUUCGCCCCCACAAGCACCCAAAUCGGAGAGCUUUCGGGUCGACCCGGAGCGAAUUAAGCUGAAGAUGGAGAGCUCCGAGGGCCAGAGCCGGGUUCCGCUGGCCCGGGUGGUCUCAGACUGCGUGAAACGGUGGUUCCAGGACACGCUCAAGGAGGCCAAGGCGGGUGAUAGCUCCAUGCAGGUCUUGGUGGGUCAGAUGUAUUACAGCGGCUAUGGCGUUUCUAGAGACGCCAAAAAGGGGCAGGCUUGGAUGAAUAGAGCUUCGAAAAGUCGAACUUCGGUUUGGAAAGUGAGUAAUAAACCUCCAGGUUAUAAUGCAAGUGAUUCAAACUCGGAUGAAUUGGAAGAGGAUGCAAAAUAAGGCCAAAUGUAAAUUUUGAGUUUGCUUCUGAGGUUGGGUUUAAUUGUGAUACUCUGUAAUAGAAAGAACUCAUAUUCGGUUUAAGAAGCUGCUUUGUCCAUUAUCUACCUCCUUUAAGAA